AUGUACUGUGAAACUCCAUCAUCAGCUGGGAAUACAUAUGACAACUGGCAAACAAAUCAAACAGGGGAACUAAUAGACCUUUCUGAUGUACAAGAACUUAACGGUGACAAGCUUGAGCAGAUGAUUAACACAUUUGUUGGAAAAGAGGGCUCUGUGAUGUUCUUGGUUAAGAGGUUAAUCGGCUGCCCUCUCCUUGCAAGGCCAGGUCUUGCCACUGGCACCCUCUUAGGCUUUGCUGCCUUUUUUGGAGGGGAACUUUGUCCAGGGUCAGCUUUGAUUGGAACAACAUUUGGAGAAGGCGUAGCUAAGACGGGGUCUCUUUGUUGCGUGGCCGCAAGGCCACAUGGGUCUAGCACGGUGAGUAGGGAGUGGUCUGUGGGAAGGAAUGAGCCCUUCUGGCGGACAAACUCGAGCUUCUCGCCGCCCCUGUCGAGGAGAUGGGACUAUUGGUUUCACUCCGAAGGAUUGCAAUAUGGGUCUCAAGGCGGUAGUGGAGCCGCUGUAUAUUAUGGAUCAUCUCUCUCUUCAAACAGUAAAGGAAGCCGGAGCUGGGGGAGGGGUGACCCUCUUGCCGACCAUCACUAUUCUACUUCUGAUGGAGCCAUUUCAUAUUUAAGCAGCCCUUCUGAUAGCUUUCAAAACCAGCAGUUGACACCCCCACACGUGCAGGGGGUCAAUUUUGAAGAAUUUAUUAGAGAAUCAGCACCAGAGCAUCCGGCAUUCUCACGGUUUGUGGAGGGAACUUCAGGACCACCAUAUAGUGCUGGUUCUACUUCCUCUCGUUCAGAUGGCAGUGAAUAUGAGUCUACAUCUAGAAGUCAUGCUUCUGCACACCGCAACUUCUCAAGCCGCCGUUCUUUCAUGUCAAAGCCCAUUCACCCUGUCUCUUUCCCAGACAAUACACUUGGUUGUGAAGAAGGCCAUGAUUCUGCUUCUACCACACACUCCAACAACAGUCAUCAUUCCGAUUUUAGGUCCAUACGAGCACUCGCAGAGCUUCAGUCUCCUGGUUUCUUCGAAAAUGUGGGCAACCCUCAAAAAGAAUCGGCGCAAUGGAGUAGUGCUGGCAGCUCGGACUUUACUGAUGUUUCUGAACCAUUGGAACCUGAUCCUUUGGAUCCUUCAUGCAACAAUACAUAUGAAGGUGCCAAAUGUGGACUCUGUGAGAGGUUACUAUCACAGAGGUCACCAUGGGGUUCCCGCCGUAUUGUUCGUAGUGGAGAUAUGCCAAUAGCUGGUGUUCUGUCAUGUUGGCAUGUCUAUCAUGCUGAAUGCCUAGAGCGUGCUACCCCUAAGAUGCAAAAACAUGACCCACCUUGCCCGCUGUGUGAGAAGUCAGAGGAGAACGCUUCAGAGCAGUGGGUACACUGCAGGUUAAAAAAUGGGCUCCCAAGGUUAAUGUCACUUGGGGAGGAAGGACCUUCGUCAAGAGCUUGGAGCUGUGUGAAGGCAGGAGAUUGUGUAGAAGGGGCUCUCCAUGCCCCAAAACGGGGUAGCAUGAUGUUAUUGAGCCGGAGCCGCCUCAAGCGGAAUCUGUCAUUGAAGGGAAAUUUGGCCAAUGAGCGAGCUGAGAACUCGAAGAAGAGCGGGUUUUGUUCGCCGCAGAUGCUCCAUGGACAUGUAUUUGGGGAUCAAGGUGCAGUUGGGUGCUCGACAGUGGCAUCUGGUCCGGCAUUAAAAAGGUGAUGAGGCCUCUCUAGGUAAGAACUCAAAUAUGAUUUCACUAGAGUCCUAAUGUAAUUUUGGUUCUGGUUGUGUCCUAUUGGGAGUUGUUAGUUGAUGAAAUGGGAUUGUGUACGAAGUAAAUUAUUGUUGGGAUGAUGGAUGGUGUCAAUCAGGGAAUCCAUGCUUGCUUCCACAUACUGAAUUUGUUGCUAAUGCUGUGAAACUUGCAAUCCAUUACUUGAGACCA